CAGCAUGCGUGGGAAAAAUGGGGGGAGAAUAAAAAACUUUCCCCACUCCUUACCCCACUCUUCCUUCUACGCACUCUCCACCCCUCUCAUCAACACCAUCCAUUGCACAUCAUGUCUUCCUUCAUGCUGUCUGCCAAUAGGGCAGCCCUCCGCAUGCGCUGGGGAACCUCCAUCAACCCCGUCUCAAUGAAGCCCUUCCGUUGGUACACGACUGAGAUUGAGCGCAAACCCCUGUUCGACAAGAUUCUCAUUGCUAAUCGUGGUGAAAUCGCCUGCAGAAUCAUGAGGACCGCCAAGAAGCUCGGAAUCAAGACUGUGGCCGUCUUCAGUGACGCCGACAGGAACGCCCUUCAUGUCAAGAUGGCUGAUGAGGCCUAUAACAUUGGACCAGCUGCAUCUGCUGAGAGUUACUUGAAGGUCGACAAGAUCAUUGAGGUCGCCAAAAAGAGCGGAGCUCAGGCCAUUCAUCCAGGAUACGGUUUCUUGUCCGAGAACGCAGGGUUUGCGGACCGCCUGGCCAAGGAGAACAUUACUUUCAUCGGACCCCCUGGCAGCGCCAUGACAGCGAUGGGAUCCAAGAGUGAAUCCAAAUUCAUUAUGGAGGCCGCCAAGGUUCCUGUCGUUCCCGGCUACCACGGUGAGAACCAGGACAAUGCUUUCUUGAAGGUUCAGGCCGAUAAGAUUGGAUACCCUGUGUUGAUCAAGGCCGUCAAGGGUGGUGGAGGAAAGGGAAUGCGUAUUGUUGAGACCCCCGAGGAAUUCGACAUCAUGUUGGAAAGCUCCAGACGCGAAGCCAUGAAGUCCUUCAGCGAUGACAAGGUUCUGGUUGAGAAGUACCUUGUCACUCCUCGUCACGUCGAAGUCCAGGUCUUUGCCGAUACUCUCGGAAACGCUGUCUACCUCUUCGAGCGCGACUGCAGUGUCCAGCGAAGACAUCAAAAGAUUCUGGAGGAGGCCCCCGCUCCCGGACUUUCGGAAGAGCUCAGACGCGAUCUGGGAGAGAAGGCUGUUGCCGCUGCCAAGGCCGUAAACUAUGUCGGAGCCGGAACAGUUGAAUUUAUUAUGGAUAACACAGAUCAAAAGUUCUACUUUAUGGAGAUGAACACCCGUCUUCAGGUUGAGCAUCCCAUCACAGAGAUGAUCACGAACACAGAUCUUGUGCAGUGGCAGCUUGAGGUCGCAGCCGGUAACAGACUGCCCAAAUUGCAGAACGAAUUGAAGAAGGAUGGCUGGGCAUUUGAGGCGCGUAUCUAUGCUGAGAACCCCAACAACAACUUCUUGCCUGAUGUCGGUCCCCUGCUUCAUGUUCAAACUCCUGAGCCCUCAGACAGCGUUCGUCUGGAGACCGGAUUUGUUCAAGGAGACGAGAUCUCGGUGCACUACGACCCCAUGAUUGCCAAGUUGGUUGUUCACGGUGAGAGCAGAACUGCUGCCCUCCGCAUCUUGCGCAAGGCCCUCAGUGAGUAUGAGGUUGUUGGAUUGAACACAAAUAUCGAGUUCUUGAAGACUCUCGCCGCGCACCCUGCUUUCAUUGCUGGGGAAGUCGAGACUGGAUUCAUCAAGAAGUACGAGAGCGAUAUGUUCAAGCCAGCUCCUCCUCUGGAUCCCGCCACCGUUGCCCAGGCCUCGUUGACUAUGAUUCUUCGCGACUUGGAGGCUUCCCAGCAGGCCGCCGAGGCUGCCGAGGAUGCAUCGUCGCCCUUCACCCUCAACUCUGGAUUGCGCUUGAACCAGCUCAGCGAGCAGACUCUUGCCUUCAAACUCGAGGACCAGGAUGUGAAGGUCGGGGUUGAGUUCAAUAGAGAUGGAACAUACAACGUUCGCGUUCAGACCCCUAACAAGACUACGGUCUUCUCCAAAGUCAUGGCCAAGUUGGCUGGCGAGAGCAGCGUUCUUGCCGAGAUUGAGAAUCGCCUGUACAAGACGAGUGUUGUCCAGGAGGGGGAUCAAGUCCAUGUCUUUGCAGAGGAGGGCAAGGUCACAUUGGAUAUUCCCCAGCCAAAGUUCUUGACUGUCGGAAAGGAGGAGAAAGCAGGAAGUUUGCGCACACCCAUGCCCUGCAAAAUCUCUCAGGUUAUGUGCAAACCUGGAGAUAAGGUCGUCAAGGGACAGAACUUGGUCAUUUUGGAAGCCAUGAAGAUGGAGCAUAUUAUCAAGUCCCCCGUCGACGGAGUGGUCUCUGAUGUGUUCUUCAGUGUUGGCGAGAUGGUUGGGGAGAACAAAUCGCUCAUCGCAUUCGAAGAAGCUGAAGGUGCCAAGGAGGCAUAAAGUAACGAGCAGGAGGUUGAUAUUAGAGCGGAAAGUGUGUAUCAUCUAGAGGGUACCCUCAUCCACGGGUCCAAAUAAAAAAAAAAUAUUUAUCGUAUUUGUUUGCCGUAUCCUUGAAGGAACUUUGUCCGGUAUCCCAAAACCAUGUGUGCACGAAAC